AAGGAAGCAUUAAGAGAAGUAAUAUAAACACUCCCCCCUGCCUGGCGCGGUCCAGAUCUGGCCAGGCAGACAAGGCCGGACAAGUGCGCCCUGCGGGCACUGCGCAAAUGGGGCUCUCCAUGGACCGCAGCCCAUACUCCCGCACGGGGAACGGGGAGAGAGGUUGCUGGUACUACCUGCGCUAUUUCUUCCUCUUCGUGUCGCUCAUCCAGUUCCUCAUCAUCCUGGGCCUGGUCCUCUUCAUGAUCUAUGGCAAUGUGCACGCCACCACCGAGUCCAGCCUGCGUGCCACGGAGAUCCGCGCCGACAGCCUGUACAGCCAGGUGGUGGGACUAUCGGCCGCACAGGCUAACCUGAGCAAGCAGCUGAACUUCAGCACUCUCGUCAAGGAGUCGGUCAUGCAGCAGCUGCUGACCACGCGGCGCGAGAUGGAGCGCAUCAACGCCAGCUUCCGCCAGUGCCAAGGCGACCUGAUCACCUACAUAAACUAUAAUCGGUUCAUCGCUGCUAUCAUUCUGAGUGAGAAGCAGUGCCAGGAACAACUGAAGGAGGUCAACAAGACCUGCGAAGCCUUGCUCUUCAAGCUGGGAGAGAAAGUUAAGACACUGGAGAUGGAGGUGGCCAAGGAGAAGGCAGUGUGCUCCAAGGACAAGGAGAGCCUGCUGGUAGGAAAGCGGCAGGCGGAAGAGCAGCUGGAGGCCUGUGGCAAAGCACGGGACCGGCAACAGCAGGAGCAGCAGGUGACCGAGGAGCACCUGCGCAAGGUGCAGUCCCUGUGCCUCCCACUGGACCAGGAGAAGUUCCAGGCGGACGCGCUGAACGUGUGGCGAGACUCGCUGGUCUUCCGUACCCUGGAUAGCCUGCCCUACUCCUACCAGCUGGUGCCAGAGUUCUCAUCCCUCCGCCGGACGUGCGAGAGCCUGCCGGGCAUCAUGAGCGCCAAGAUAGAAGAGCUGGCGCGCGGGCUGCGCUCGGGCAUUGAGCGCGUGACCCGUGAGAAUGUGGAGCUGCGGCGUCAGAAGCUGGAGCUGGAGCGCGCGGCACAGAGCGCGCAGGAGGCGCGGGCGCGCGCCGAGACCGAGAGGCAGGCGCGAGAGACCCAGCUGCGGGCGGAGUGCGCGCGCCAGACGCAGCUGGCCUUGGAGGAGAAGGCGGCGCUGCGCGCGAAGCGGGACAGCCUGGAGCGCGAGCUGGAGGCGCGUAAACGCGAGCUGGAGCAACUGCGCACCGAGGUGGAUGUGCGCAUCAGCGCGCUGGACACCUGCGUCAAGGCCAAGUCGCUGCCAGCUGUCCCUCCGAGAGUCCCAGGCCCACCCCCCAACCCUCCACCCAUUGAUCCCGCUAGCCUGGAGGAAUUCAAGAAAAGGAUCCUGGACUCCCAGCGGCCCCCUAUAGUCAACCCUGCUGUCCCAUCCAGUGGCUGAGGACCCAGCUGCUGCAGGACAACGCUGGGUGCCAGAAUCAUCCACCUGUGAAUGGGGACAGCCAGAUGCCCAUAGUGCUGGACGCCUGCUGUGCCCCGCCAGCAGCCUCUACCACCACACCUCCUCUGGCACCCCUUCACUGUCCCCUGCACCCCACCAUCCCCCAGACACUGGAUUUAGGGCACACACAGCUGUGAGGUGACAUCACAUCGACCCCUCGUGCAGUGACCCGGAUGGCACCCCACCUGCACAUGAAGCACCCGCAGCUCAGCUGCCACCCUAGGCACCUCCUCCAGUUUCCUAUCACUCUGCUCCCGACCUGGGAGGUGAGAACAGGAAACCCACCCUUCUGCUCCCUUGGGAGUUUCCAGCCUUGCUCUUAAAGGCCCCUAGGGUUUCCAGAUUCUCCCUGAGAGUUCCCAGGCCUCCCCUGAAGGGCUCUAGCCCCUAAUACCCACAGGACUUUCAUUAGGUUUUAAAGCCUUUCCAGAGUCUGCAGGCCUCAAGGGUAGAUGAGAGUCCCCCAUGGAUCUUAGAGCCCUGGAGUGAGGCUUCCCACCCUCAGCCUGGCUUGUAGCCCUUAAAGGUAUUACUGGCACAUAAUAAAUAUCAUGAAAGUC